GUCAUAUCCUUACCUACUACUAGUAACUUCGGGAAUCCAUCCGCAACCAUGUUCCGCCAAACCGCCCUUCUCGCUCUGGCUGCCCUCCUCCCCUUCUCCCUUGCCCAAGUCUCCGACGACUUCGAAAGCGGAUGGGACCAAACCGCAUGGCCCACCUACGCGCCCGACUGCAACCAGGGCGGCACAGUCACCCUUGACAGCUCCACCGCCCACAGCGGCAAGAACUCCAUCAGGGUUGAUGGUGCGGGUGGCUACUGUGGACACGUUUUCUUCGGCACGACGAAAGUCCCCAGCGGUAAUGUCUACGUCAGGGCUUACGUCAAAGCCUCCAAGGCCCUCACCGACUCCCACGUCUCCUUCAUCACUAUGCCUGACUCGGCCCAAGGCAGCGGCAAACACCUCCGCAUUGGUGGCCAGAGCAAAAUCCUGAUGUACAACCGCGAGUCUGACGAUGCCACCCUUCCCGACCUCUCCCCGCAAGGUAUUGCCGCCUCCACCGCCCUUCCCACUGGCUCCUGGCAAUGCUUCGAAUACCACCUGGGCGCCGACGGCACCAUUGAGACUUGGUUGAACGGCAAUGUUAUUGAUGGUCUUACCAGCAAGGCCGGUGUCGCCAACCCCAACGCCGCCCAGUGGCAGAGGAGCUCCUCCUCGCCCAAAAUCACCGCUGUCUACUUCGGUUGGGAGUCGUACGGUGGGGACGCCAACACCUUCUGGUACGACGACAUCGUCAUUGGCACGAGCCGUGUUGGAUGCUCUGAAUCUCCUGCCGCUUAGUUAAACCACUCAACAACCAACCCGCACCACCACUGGCACCGCCCUUCUCCCUCUCGUUAGGAUAAGCAAUCUGUCAUGGACGGUGUUCCAUCUUCCUUCUAGAUGACAGACCAGUUAAGCUUUGGAUGCUAAAACCCGAGCAUAGUACAUGAACUUUGUCAGAGCCUUGCAUAUUACCAGAGGUGUACCUUAGCCACAUAUUAGC